GGUCUCACUCGUUCUUUCCCGGAGACUCGAUACUGGGGGCCAGGACGGGCGUCUCCAGCAUGCGGGCAGUACUUGUCACAAGCGGCUGGACUUAGGACAGGCAAUUUGCCCUGCCACCCUUCUGUCGCCCCCACCCCUCCCUCCCUCCCUCACUCAAGGCUGAGGGCAGAGACGUCCUCCUCCCCCUUCUCCUCCUCUUUGGAGCCUCCAGCCAGGAGGCGGGAGUGACCCACAGCAGCUGACCCAGCGCAGGCACUGCCUCUCCCACAGCCCUCAAGACACACCAUGGGCCCAGAGGCGGGUUUGGUGCACAGCAGCGACGACGCAGGCGGCGGCCCCGGCGACUCUCAACUGCCUCCCUGACCACGGUGACCACCGCCCAACACCCCCGAGAAGCCAUCGUCACCACCAUCUGGAGAGUAUAGGGGCCACAAAACCAUCUUUACGAUCGACUCAAGCUACGUCAACAACAAUGGCGGGCGAGGGGCGGCGGGCGGAGUCGGUGUGGGAAGGAUGGGGUGUGCACGUCACGCCCAGGGCCCCCCUCCGAGAGGGAAGGCUCCGGCUCGCCCCUCAAGAUGGCGGCGGCAGUGGCGCGCCUGCGUACGGAACUCCGUCGCGCCAGGGCCGGCGGGAAGUGAGGUUCUCAGAGGAGCCGCCAGAAGUGUACGGCGACUUCGAGCCUCGGGUGACCAAAGAAAGGUACCCGGGAGAAAAACGAACCUCGCUAGAAGUGUUCCGGCCCGAUUCUGCGAAAGAGGAGGUGAGAGAAAGCGCCUACUACCUUCGGUCUAGGCAGCGGAGACAGCCGCGACCACAGGAAGCCGAGGAGAUGAAGACUCGAAGGGCUACCCGACUACAGCAGCAGUACUCACAGCAGCCUGCGCUACAGACGUCUCCGGUUACGACCAGGAGAGGGUUGCGGGACUCUCCUUCCUCUGAAGAGGAUGAACCAUCUUCCCAAACUGUUUUAAGCCAAACAGCCUCAAAGAAAACUGUCAGGAGAACACAAGAGGCUCCAGUGGUGAGAGACGAUCUUGUAAUCAGCCUGUGUAGACCCCCUCUGAGAAGCCCAGGAUCUGAUUCGGCGUACAAAACAAAUGGAAAUACUGAAAUGAGUGAAUUAGAAGCCAACAGUGUCCAAGAGAAGCUCAAUUUCUCUGAAGGAGGAGAAACUGAAGAAGAUGAUCAAGACAGCUCCGACAGUGAUGUUACUGCUGUUAAGGUCAGAUCGAGGGAUUCUGAUGUGUCUGGAGAUCAAACUAGCGGAUCAUCUGGUCAAUAUCAAGAAUCAUUUUGGCAAUCAUCACAAAGUCAAGACUUCAUUGCUCAUAAUAAGCAACCUUCAGUGCUGACCUCAGGAUAUCAAACACCCUCUCAAGUAUGGGCCAAACAAACUGCAAGAAUAAGGAGUAGGAGGCAUACACCUUCACCAGGCAAGAGUUCAAUAUAUGGCAGUUUUUCAGAUGAUGACAGCAUUCAGAAAUCAGAGCUUGGAAACCAGUCUCCAUCAACCUCUAGCCAACAAUUGACUAGACAACCCAAAAAUGUAUCUUUUGUCAAGAUCAAGUGGUGGUGGCCACUUUUCCUAAUAGCUCCUCUUGCCUUUGGGAGUCUUUGGUUCUUUCGUACUCCUGAAGUAGAAACCACUGCUGCUGUUGAAGAGUUCCAGAACCAGAUGAACCAACUUAGGAAUAAGUACCAAGGCCAAGAUGAGAAGCUGUGGAAAAGGAGCCUAACGUUCCUGGAAAAACAUCUUAAUAGCUCCCGCCCUCGGCCUCAGCCUGCUAUCCUGCUGCUCACUGCUGCCCGAGAUGCUGAAGAAGCACUUAAAUGUCUGAGUGAACAAAUUGCUGAUGCUUAUUCUUCCUUCCAUAGUGUUCGUGCCAUCCGGAUUGACGGGGCAAGCAAAGCUGCUCAAGACAGUGAUACUGUCAAACUCGAGGUAGAUCAGGAACUGAGCAAUGGAUUCAAAAAUGGCCAGAAUGCAGCCGUGGUGCACCGCUUUGAGUCACUGCCCGCAGGCUCUGCUCUGAUCUUCUAUAAAUACUGUGACCACGAAAAUGCAGCCUUCAAAGAUGUAGCUUUAGUACUGACUGUCUUAUUGGAGGAGGAGACACUUGGAACCAGUCUAGGCCUAAAGGAAAUUGAAGAAAAAGUGAGAGAUUUCCUCAAAGUCAAGUUCACCAGCUCUAACACACCCAACUCCUACAAUCAUAUGGACCCAGACAAGUUGAAUGGGCUCUGGAGCCGUAUUUCUCACUUAGUCCUACCUGUGCAACCUGAAAAUGCCCUGAAAAGGGGUAUCUGCUUAUAAGGGGUGAGAAAAGGGAAAAUCAUGUCUCAAGUUCCAAGAAUUUUUCAGACUUCCUAACCAGAGACAGGAUUCAGAGCUCUUUUUGAAAGAACUGGUUUCUUUUUAAAGGAAGUCAAGUUCUUUAUGUAAAUGUGGAACAUCUAAGUCGUUUAUUCAACCUAAUUAUCUAUCAUAUGAGAGAAUCAUUUCUGUUCCGACUGAGAGUGGUGUUAAGGGUAUCUUAGGGGUGUAAAUUAUAUGCGGUUCCACAGAGAAUCUAUUUUGAUCCUGGGCUGAAUUGUUAUUGCUAUGUUGUAACCAGUGAGAGGGAUUCAGCUCCUUUCUUGUGAAUCUUAUCGAUUUUUUAACUUAGAUUUUUCACAAAGUUUGUUGAGUUAUUAGUAAGAUAGCUUCCCUAAAUGUAACCACGGAUUUUCCCAGUAUGUUCUCUUUUACACCAUUUAGUUGUGAGUUCCUUAGUCAGCUUCUGCUUAUAGAAACAAAAGUAAUGAAAGGUCAUCUGGGUGUGUAUUUGGAUUCUUUUUCUUUUGUUUUUGGAGGAUGGAGAGAAGGAGGCAAGGGAAAAGAGAGAAAUUGUGUAAUAGGGAAGGUAAGGGGAGGAAAAAAGUCUUCAAGAUGAAAUGUUACAAUAAGGCACUGAGAUGUAGGUCAGUCAAACAUAGGUAUUUGGGAUUUAUUUACAUUUCCUUUUUUUUUUUUUCCUUGAAGAAAUUCUUGGUCCUCCCAAGGAUUUUUUUUAAAGCAUGUGUUUCACAAGGUUUAAUAUAUUUGUUUACUUGACUCUUAAGGGUAGGAACAUUCAGAGCAGUUUAUUUUGGACAUAUCCUGAAGCUUUUGUUUUAAAUUAAGAAACACAGUUUCAGGAACUGGUAAACCAUUUUUUUAACCAGCUAUCCUGGGCUUUUGAAGAAAGAUUUAGUUUUCUGCACAUCCACUUGUUGCAGUCUUUAGAACACUCCAUAUAAAAAUUUACUAUGCACAUGAUAAAUUUUAUUGAGUGCCUCAAGCCAAGUUAGUGAACUUUAUCACAUAUGAAGAAUGUUAAAUGUAUUUCUAUACUACCAUAGUAUUUUACCUGUAACUUUGCAUCUAUAACUGAGCUUUCUCAUCUGUCAACUGCUUUGGUUUUCUUAAAAUCUUAUGAUUCUAGAUCAACCUUGUUUUUUUUAUUUUCCAUAAACCUUUAAAUGAAAAUAUUGUUUGUGGAAUCAGUCAUUGGCUUCAUCAUUUACCCUUUGAGGGUCCCACAACUGAUAAUAGAGAGGGGUAUGAUUUCUUUUCACUAGGACUCAUAAAUUUAUACUCCUUAUUGUAAUUUGUUCCUGACUCUGAAAAGUCAGAUCAUCUGAUUUAUAGAAUAUUAUAAAACAGCAGUUUUUAAAAGGCUUAUUUUAUACAUACCUGUUAUAUGGAGAAACAAAUAUUUUUAUUAAAUAUUUCACUGACGGAAGUAAUUUAAAAGUAAUAUGUUACUUAUAUCUUUCAGGAAAAAUAAUUGUAGCAGCUGAUCUGUAAAUGACUUUAAAAACUAUUUUAGUAGUAUAAAUAAAUUUACUUUCUUGGUUUGUA